UACAUUUGCGUGUGAGCAUGGUCUGAGGCAGCUUGUCAGAAAAGAACCGAUUCCUUUGCAGAGAUCCCCAGGAGACCCAGAAGGACGCUUGUUCAGUGCAACUAGUUUGGGUGCUUUGUCCCGAGCACCACCUGAUUCUCUGUGGCUGCUUCGGACUCGCCCUCCAGCACGAGUCAAGUGCUGCCGUGGCUGGCCAGCUCGGCGUCGCAGAAGGCUACCUGCGUGGCCAAUUGUUUGGCUUUUUAUAGCAAGCAAAUUUGCUAGGGUUAUCGCACUUCUCCAGCGGUGCAGCUUCAGCAGGUGUGGUGUUGCAGUCGACGCCGCGCCCGCAGUCGCCGGACCCCUCGGCGCCGCCCUCGCGCUAGGGCUGACUGAGCCAGGAUGUUGAUGGGCCUGGGGGCCCCGGGUGGCCCCAUGAUGGGCGCACCGCCGCACGCGCAUUCCACGGUGCCGGAGCCGACGUCCGUGGAGCAGAUCCUGGCGACCAUCCAGGGCGCCUUGUCGGUGGACAAGGCCACUCGCUCUGCGGCGGAGGGGCUGUUGCACGGCUGGGAGGCGGACGCGGCGCCGGGCUUUCUGUCGGGCCUCAUGCGCAUCGUGGAGCAGCGAGACAACGUGCCCGAGCCCAUCCGCCUGCUGGCGGUGGUGGUGGCCAAGAACGCGGUGGGCAGCUCCUGGCGCAAGACGCUGGGCACGCGCGAGUGGAGCCGCGUGCCGGACGAGGAGAAGGCGGUGGUGCGGGAGGGCGCUGUGCAGCUGCUGCUGGCGGACCCGUCCGAGCGAGUUGCUCUGCAGCUGUCGCUGCUCAUCACCAACAUCGCACGGUUCGACUUCCCUGGCCGCUCGGAGAACCUGCUGCAGUUGCUGCUGUCCGCCGCGAGCUGGGACGCGCAGCUGCCGCCGGCGGUGAAGCUGCGGUCGCUCAAGGCGCUGAAGCGGGUGCUCCAGGGGCUGGGCUCCAAGCGCUUCGUGAUAGAGGCGCCGCAACAGGCGAUGGGUACGCCCAUGGCGCUGCCGGACCUGGCGGCGCUGUCGCAGCGCAUCACCGCCGAGCGGGAGCUGUUCAAGACGCGGCUCAGCGACUGCUUCGCGCCGCUGCACGCCCUGAUCACGCAGCACGCGGCGGCCUUCAUCGCAGCCACCGCCGUGGGCUGGGACGCGGCGGGGCCCUUCGCUGCGGCCGCCGCGGCGUGCCUGCAGGCGCUGCUGUACCUCAUCCCCUCGCCCACGCCCGACGAGCUGGCGCCGGGGACGCAGGGCGUGCUGGAGGCCAUACACACCGUGUGCACCACCGUGCAGCGCGGCCCGCCUGCGAGCAUGGCUGCCGGCUCCCCCGCCGCCGAGCAGUGGACGGAGGUGGGCGGCAAGCUGUAUGAGCGGCUGGCGGCGCUGGCCAUCGCCUACCUGGACACCAACCCGCUGCCCUUCGCGGAGUUCGUGCCCUUCUUCCUGGAGCUGUUCGUGCAGUCGGCUCUGAUCGGUCUGGACGCCGCCACGGUGCGCGCCAUGCGCCCCAAGCGCCGCGUACUGCUGGUGCGCUUCAUCAGCAAGGCGCUGCUCAACCCCUACUACCGCCAGGAGUGGGUGGAGUCGCCGCUGCCGCAGCACCUGCCGGCGCCGCGGCUGCAGCACCUGAUGGAGGCGCGCGCCCGGGCCGCCCGCGCGCACGCGGCGCUGUCGGGGCUGCUCAACGGCGCCACGUGCGCGCAGCUGGUGGAGGCGCUGGUGGCCAAGUACGUGGCGCUCAGUGGUGAGGAGCUGGAGGAGUGGCGCGACGACCCCGAGUCAUACGCGCGCACCAUGGAGGUGGAGAGCGGCCCCGACGCCGACACGCCGCGCCCCAUCGGCGUGGGGCUGCUGCUGUGCAUGCUGGAGCACGGCGGCGAGGCGGUGGCGGUGGUGCUGCUGGGCCUGGCCUCAGCGCUGCAGCAGCGGGCGGCCACACCUGACGCACUGCUCAUGCGGGAGGCCUGCUACCGGUGUAUCGGCGAGGGCUUCAACCACGUCUCCUCCCACAUCAACUUUGAGGCCUGGUACAACGCCGAGCUGGCGCCGCUGCUCACGUCCAACGCGCCGCCGCCGCCGCCCCAGGGCGCCUCCGCGCCGCCGCCGCCCUCACCUCUGGGCGGCGGCAAGAUUGGGCCGCCAGGCAGCGAGCAGGUGCUGCUGGCGUCGGUGCUGGCCGCGCGCGCGCUGUGGCUGCUGGGCGUGUGCGGCGGAGAGCUGCCCGCCGCGGCCCUGGGCGGCGCCUACCAGCUGUGUGUGUGCUACCUGGCGGCGGAGGACGUGGUGGUGGCUCUGUCCUCGGUCACCUCGCUGCUGGGGCUGCUGAGCCUGGUGCUGGACGACCAGGCCGCGCUGGAGCAGCUGCGGGCGCAGCAGCGGGCGGCGCAGGGCCGCGGGGCGGGCGCGGCGGGCGGACUGGCUGGGCGUGUGGACGCCAUGCAGCUGGCGGAGGGCGCGGCGGCGGCCGGCGACCAGCAGGAAAACGCAGGCGCCAUCGCGGAGGCCACUGCGCGCGUGGAGAGCCGGCUGGCGGCGCUGUCCAGCGAGGUGACGGCGGCGGCGCUGCUCAACUGCUUCGGGCUGCUGUCGCGGCUGCGCGAGGUGGAGAGCAUGGUGCGCGUGCUGCAGCUGGUGUCGGUGCUGGUGGAGGCUCUGGGCGAGCGCAUCCGGCCACACCUGGGCAUCAUCGCCGCCGGCCUGCCGCAGGUCUGGUCGCGAGCAGAGAUGCUGUCCGCCGCCGCCGCCUCGGCGGCCGAGGCCACAUCCCUCCUCGACCGCGACGCCGCCCGCCGCCGCGCCUCCGAUGCCGCUGGGCCUAGCACGCCCGGCGGCGGAGCCGCCGGCGGCGGCAGCGGAGCCGCAGGCGCCGCUGCUGGUACCCCCGGCAGCGCAGCUGCCGGGCGGGGGCGCCCUGGCGCGCUGGCGGCGGCUCGUGGCAGUGCCGACAGCGGCGGCGGCAUGGGUCACGAGGCGGGCGCAGUGGUGCGGCUGCACAGCGCGCUGAUUGCGGUGCUGACACACCUGGUGGGCAAGCUGCGGGCGGUGGCGCUGGAGGACCCAAACAUCUGCGGCGUGGUGUUCCCGCUGCUCAAGUACUCCACGAGAGUGGGCACGCCCGAGGGCGAGGUGCUGGUGGACGAGGCCUUCCGGUUGUGGUCCGUCACCAUCGCCUCGCUGCCCUCCGUGCCGCCGCAGCUGCGGGAGCUGCUGCCCAACGCGGCCGCGCUGCUGCGGCGCGGCCGCGACCACGCCGCGCUGCUGCCGCUGCUGGAGGCGUACCUGCUGCUGGACGCCGCGGACAGCCUGCAGCCGCUGGCCGCCGACAUGGGCCGCGCGCUGGAGGCCUCCAUCAACAGCACAGCCACCGCAGUGCUAGCAGCGGUGGGCGCGCCAGGCACCACCGGGCAAGGCGGCGGCGGCGCCGCCAGCACGCCCGCCGCACCCGGCGGCGGCGCCGCCGGCGCCGCCGCGGUGCAGAUCCCGCUGUCGGCGGAAACGCCGGCGGAGGCAAUGUCGGCGGCGGCGCUGAUCGACGUGCUGCUGCAGCUGUUCCCGCCGGGCGGCAGCGCGGCCGCCAGCCCUGCACAGCACGGCCCCAUCGUUCAGCUGGUGGCGCCGGCGCUGCGGGCGAUGGCAGCUCUGCUGGCGCACCCGGCGGUGCCAUCCGCCGGCCUCAACGUCAAGAUCAUUAACAUCUUUGAAGGCUUCCUGGAGGUGCUGGGGCGCCUGUGGCUGCUGUCACCCAUGACCUUCCCGGAGCUGGUCGCGGGCCUGGACGUGGCGCAGGCGCAGGCGGCGGCGGCGGUGGCGGCGGCGCAGGCGGCCAACGGCGGCGCGGGCGGCGGCGCGGGCACCGGCGCGGGCGCGGUGGAGGGCGGCGCGGUGGAGCGGCUGCUGGACCGGUGGCUGACUAUUGCGGCGGCGCGCUUCCUGGAGGAGGUGGUUGGCGUCAAGACCAUGUCCAUGCUGGGUCGCUUUCGCCGGCGCAUGGCCACCAUGUCGCUGGCCUCGCUGCUGCGGGCGGGCGUGUGCGAGCAACUGGUCGAGCCGCGCAAGGUGCUGCGCGUGUGCAGCCUGGCGGUGCAGGCCCUGGCCGACGACGCGGAGUUCGGGGCGGACCAGUCGGAGCUGGACUCGCUGGACUUCGCGGCCGACCUUGCGCAGGACACGGUGCUGGCCCGGCGGCUGGCCAUCACACGCGCAGACCCGGUCCGCAAGGUGGAUGUGCACGAGUGCGUGCGCGGCCUGCUGGCCAAGUUGUCGGAGCGCGCGGGCGGGCCUGACGCCUUCCUGGCCGCCCUGGCCGCGCACGGCGCCGGCGAGCGGCUGCGGCUGCAGCUGGCCGCGGUGAUGAGCGGGCAGCGGCUGCGGUCGGGCGGCGUCAUCGACGGCGAGGAGCCGGAGGACAGCGCCGACCCCGCCGACGAUGACGAGCUGUACGGGCUGGUGGCACCGGGGCUGAGCGAGGGCGGCGUGGGUUUCGUGUCGGGCGGCUCCACGCCCGAGUGAGGGGGGGUAGAGGCGCGGCUGGGGACGUGUGGAGAAGGUGGGGAGUGGGGAUUUGAGUCCGGUUUGGGGAAGUGGGGCAUGGGCAGCGGUAUGGAGUGGCCCUGAGGUGGGGGUUGGCGGUGGCGGUUGUCGCGGGGUGGGGGAGUAGCCAGGGUGGACAUGGUCGGUCGUAGGUAGGCGGGUCAACGGAGUGCGCGGCACGUCUCCUGCACGGUUUGUUGCUUGGACGCAAGUACUAUUGAGGCCUGACGGGUACUUUUUGUUGAUUGUGGGGUGCUGUCUUCGAAGACGACAGUCUUGCAUUGCAUGACGGGAGGUUUGAAGGUGUGGCCGGGGAUGGGGUGCGCGGGCCUCAUCUGCAGCGCCGGCGAGUUCGCAUCCGGCGGGUAAGGCUGGCUAGAAAACGCAUUCCAAAUACUCGAACCGACGAAUGAACCUCAAGUACAGAGAGAAUAACUAGGGUACCGUAUGUGGUGGCCAAUCGCCGAAGGGAGUUGCUGGAAGAAAGUUGGUGGGGUAGGCACCGUGGGUAGGGACCCACGGAAACCAAACUGUAUGGCUGUAAUGCGAGUGAACCUUCUCCGGCCGUCGCUCAAAUCGCACCUGUUUGGUGCACGCGAGUAACGCCCCACAA